CUCACGUUAGAGCCGCGAGAGGAGGCCAAGACAGCCACCGCCGCCCGCCAGCGGGGUGGCUCCCCCUGCUAGGGGAGGACCGAGCCGGCUUUCCCCUCCCCCGGAGCGGUUUCCGCCUGAGACAGCCGACAUGUCCCUGGGGCUGAGCUCCGGCUAGGACCGGGAGGAAGGGCCGCCCGCCCGCGUCGGAGCUCCGCCGCCCGCCCGCGGCCCUUCCGCCAGCCCGGCUUCGCGGCUCGCAGCUGAAUCCCCAAUCUCCGGCCCCGGAAUCGCCACUCCUUCCCUGAGCGUCGGAGAGCUCGCAGCUGACGCCGGCACCGGCCUGAGGAGCCCGAGCGGGGCAGCACCGCCCCUCACGCCGCCGCCGCCUCUUCACCCUCCCACUCCCACCCCCAGUCAAGGCCUGCUGGCCGCGCCGAGCUGGACUGACCACGGAGACCCCGUCACGGGAGGUGGAAGCAGCCGGCCCGCCCCUGGGAUUGCGCUCUCCCCGCCGCCGAGGGGAUUGAAUUGAGGCGCCGCGACUGCUGAGGCGAAAAGGAAGGAGGAGCUGACGCGGGAGUGAACCGGGGGCAGGCAGAGCGAUAGAGACCGGCCCUGAGAGGAAACUGGAAGGAGGAUGUCUCACCGAGCGGCCGGCGCCGGUAUCAGCCCGUGACUCGUACCGCGGCGGGCCCAGACCCCUGCGCGCGCUCGGACUUUAUCAUUGGGGGCCCGUGCUCAGCCCUUCCUAAUUUCCGGCGAGAUCGCGGAGGAGCCGGCGUGCCUCUCUGCCCUCCAGCCUGCCUCACCAUGUCCAAGAUGCCGGCCAAGAAGAAAAGCUGCUUCCAGAUCACCAGUGUCACCACGGCCCAGGUGGCCACUAGCAUCACCGAGGACACCGAGAGCCUGGACGACCCGGACGAGUCACGUACAGAAGACGUCUCCUCCGAGAUAUUCGACGUUUCUCGCGCCACGGAUUAUGGCCCGGAGGUCUGCGAGCGCAGUUCCUCCGAAGAGACGCUCAACAAUGUUGGGGAUGCGGAGACUCCCGGGACUGUCUCCCCAAACCUCCUCCUCGACGGGCAGCUGGCGGCCGUCGCGGCUGCUCCCGCCAACGGAGGAGGAGCCGUUUCAGUCCGGAACGUGGCCGGGGCGCUGGCCAAUACCCUGGCGGCAGCCGCCAGCGCAGCCCCCUCCACGGGGACACCCGGCGGCCUACCAGCUGUGGGCUCGUCUGCAGGACCAGGAACUGCGACCCCCUCGCAGCCUCCCGCCACUUGUAGUUCGCGGUUCCGAGUGAUCAAGCUGGACCACGGGAGCGGGGAGCCCUAUAGACGGGGCCGAUGGACGUGUAUGGAAUACUACGAGCGCGAUUCUGACAGCAGUGUCCUCACCCGGUCUGGGGACUGCAUUCGGCACAGCAGUACUUUUGACCAGACUGCAGACCGCGAUAGCGGCCUGGGCGCCACUGGAGGGUCGGUGGUGGUGGUGGUGGCCUCCAUGCAGGGGGCGCACGGGCCCGACUCGGGAACUGACAGCUCCUUGACUGCUGUGUCACAGCAACCCCCAUUGGAGAAAAUGAGCCAGCCUGUUCCGGCCCCGCCGCUGGGUUUUGGCGUUGGGCAGCCACCACCGCCGCCGCCCGUAGGUGGGGCUGUGGCUCAAAGCUCUGCUCCGCUGCCGCUGUUCCCGGGAUCCGCGGCCGGGUCGCAGCAGAUGAUGGCAGCCCAGCAGCUCACCCAGCCCCAGGGAACUGGGCCCGGAGUCAGCGCUGCGGCAUCUAAGGGACCGGGUCUACCGCUGACGAAUGUAACCCUGGCGCAGCCGGCCCUGACCCUGCCUCCGCAGCCAGUCCCAGCGGUCGGCACUUCGGCGUCCCAGCCUGCACAGCAGUUCGCCUAUCCCCAGCCUCAGAUACCGCCCGGCCAUUUGCUGCCGGUGCAGCCCUCUGGUCAGAGUGAGUACCUGCAGCAGCACGUGGCCGGUCUGCAGCCACCGACCCCUGUGCAGCCGGUAUCCACCGGCGCUGGAGCGAGUCCCGCCACCGCAGCUAGCCUUUCUUUGGGCCCAGGCCCGAAUGCCGCUGCAGUGGGCGCGCAAAUACUGGGUGCCUCUCCCCUGCCCAACGACGCGGUGGCUCCGGGGCCGGGACCCGCUCCGGCCGGAUCGGCGGCGCCUUGCCAGCCCGCUGGAAUGCCCCCGACUGCUGUGGGAGGGGCGGUGCAACAGGGCCUGGUGUCUACCACCGGGGCCGGACUACCCCAUUCCGUGCCUCCACCGCAGAUGGGUGGCAGCGGGCCGUCGUCAGCGGUGCCUGGUAGUUCUCACGCCGUGGUGCCCGGAGUUCCAAACGUGCCUGCAGCAGUGCCCGCUCCGAGCGUGCCUAGCGUGUCUACCACUUGUGUUACUAUGCCAAAUGUCCCCGCGCCUCUGGUCCAGUCGCAGCAGCUGAGCAGCCAUACUCCAGUCAGCAGGAGCAGCAGCGUAAUCCAGCAUGUGGGGUUGUCCUUGGCGCAAGGCACACCCAGUGCACCGACGAGUCUACCACAGUCAGACCUAAGCCAGUUUCAGACCCAGACCCAGCCUUUAGUGGGGCAAGUCGACGAUACUAGAAGAAAAUCAGAACCCCUACCUCAACCACCACUUUCUCUCAUUGCUGAAAAUAAGCCUGUUAUGAAACCUGUGGCAGAUGCCCUGGCAAACCCCCUUCAGUUAACACCUAUGAACAGUCUUACCACCUCUGUAUUCAGCAUAGCUAUUCCUGUUGAUGGUGAUGAAGACAGGAAUCCUUCAACUGCUUUCUACCAAGCGUUCCAUUUGAAUACGUUUCAGGAAUCAAAGAACCUCUGGGAUAGUGCAUCUGGGGGAGGUGGUGUAGCCAUUGACAACAAAAUAGAACAAGCAAUGGAUCUGGUGAAAAGCCAUUUGAUGUAUGCAGUAAGAGAAGAAGUGGAAGUUCUAAAGGAACAAAUAAAAGAAUUAGUUGAAAGAAACUCUUUACUUGAACGAGAAAAUGCACUGUUAAAAUCUCUUUCAAACAAUGAUCAAUUAUCCCAACUCCCAGCCCAACAGGCCAAUCCUGGUAGCACUUCUCAACAGCAAGCAGUGAUAGCACAGCCUCCGCAGCCAACGCAACCUCCACAGCAGCCGAAUGUCUCCUCAGCAUAAAGCUUUCUUGCCUCGUUAAGAAAAAACUGAAAGCAAUCUAUCCUUGUGUGCCACUGGUGUUCUUUCCACUUUAUACGAAAGCAAGUAGCCAUGCUUCGGUUGUGUGUUUGGCCUUUUCAGUAUUAGACAAUCAUUCCUCAAGAGCUUUUCCUCUCUUUGAGAUGUCAUGCAGCACUGUUGAUGUCCAGUUCUAUGUCAUCCGUACACAAGGAGAGUAAUAGGUGGUGGUUAUCAAAGCAAGCAACACCUGCAUUCCACCUGGUGCGCAUGAGUGGGGUCUUUUAAGAGCUUGGUGGCUCUCCCGUGUUUCCUAUUGCCCGUGGAUUUCCCCUGAACCUUCCUUUCACAUUAAUAACAGUUCAUCUAAAGAGCCACUUUCUUUCAAUAUCAGUAACAUUUGCCUAUAUAAGUUUUCAUUUAUUUGUGUUUUAUUUAUUUACAGGGCUGCUAUUUUCAUAAUGUACAUGAACAAUGUCACAGAACUUUUUUAAUUUUUUGAAUAAUUAUAAGUAUCGGUAAAGAAACUGAAAGACAGGAUUGCAUUUAAUAGCUAAAACAUUUAGGCAAUAAUUGAACAAAAGAAUCCUGGCAUAUUUCUAACACUAAUGACAAUUUACCUUUGGUAUUUAUUUUCAGUAUAGUAAAGACCCAGCUUGAAUGUAAAUUUUGUAUAGUGUAAGUAUGAAGAACAUAGUGCAACUGUACAGGUAGUCACCAGUUAUUGUGGUAUAAUAAAUAAUUGGGCUAUUUUGAUGAAGAAAACUGUUCAUUUGUUUCUACUUUCUAAUAGAGAAAUUGCCACGAUUCCUCUGCUUUUCGACAUUUCGUAUGACUUUUUUUUUUUCGGGUGGGAAUAAAAAGCUGUGAAAUUGUUCAACCUACUUUGUAACCAAAGAAGCAAAGCUGUGUAAUGGAGUUUGUUGUUUUUUUUUUGUUGUUGUUUGUUUGUUUGUUGUUUUUUUUUUAUAUAAUGCACAUUCUUUAUGUAUUUUUAUUUAGUGUUUCGGUCACAAUUUUCUUUGCUGUCUAGCAUGAUCUGCAUGACCUAUAAUCUUUGAACCACUUUCGUACCUCAUGUUUUUAUCCAGCACUCUUAUUGUAAUAUGUACUAGUCUGUGAACAAUGUUAAAUAAAAAAGAACGAACAGGUAGUACGGUGGAGCUGACCUAGUGUACUCUACACUAGUUAUUAAAAAAAAAUGAAGUGAGCCAUCUUUUGUUCAUUUAAAAUGGUGUUUUGAAUUUCGUAUGCAGAAAACGUUUUGUUACAUUGCAGAUUUUAAUGUAUUUAAUAAAUGCAACAUGCAGAUUAAGUGCAGUGUAUACUGAGUAUUUAAAUUAAAAUGUACAUUUCAUAAAUACAGUUUCGAAAGAAAGCAUCAUUUUGUGUAUACUAACACAUUAAGUGUAUGUCAGAAAUUGAUGUAUAAAUAUAUAUUUUAACAC